UCCUAGUUAGUGGUGGCAAAUCAGAAUUUGAUGCCCUUUCUUCAGACAAUAGGCACAAAACACGAGUUUGGUUCUAUCAGGCAGGUUAUCUUCCAUAGUUCAUAAAUGAUACUUCUCAUACUGGUCAAUUGGUAUGAGAAAGGGAAUUCUACCCAUGUAGUUUCCCUUCUUUUGUUCUGCUUUGACCAGGGCAGUGAAGCUAAUCUACAUAGAUAUCACAUGACUCUCUCAAGAGUAUAUCUCAUGCCAGAGGACUCUCCGGUAUCACUGUUUCUUGUUGACUUCACUGCACAGACUUGCUGAACUGCUUGGAAUUGACUUUUUCACAGUGAUGCCUGGAGAAUUAAGUGACGCUAAACCUGUUGCGCCAGAAAUCCAGCAGCUGGCUCACAAGAUGAAAUCUGAAAUAGAAGCAAAGGAGAACAAAACGUACUCUAUGUUCAAGGCUUUAGAGUACCGGACACAGGUCGUGGCUGGAACCAACAUGUUCAUCAAGGUUCAGGGAGACCAAGAUGAAUUUCUGCACCUCCGUGUAUUUGUUCCUCUUCCUCAAGAGAACAGAAGGCCCUCUCUGAUCAGUUACCAGACUGGAAAGACAGCAAAUGAUCCACUGAAUUAUUUCUAAGCUUCUUCUGCAACUGCAGGUUGACAUGGGGACAUCAGAAUAUGGCCACAAAUAAAAUAUAUCGAUACUGGGAAGUUCUA